CAGACCCGGGCCUCACCGCGCUCGAGGUCGCGGCGCUCCCCGCGCUCCGCGCGCACGCCACGUGCGAGAUCGAGGAGGCGGGCGGCGCGCUCGUCACGCGCCUCGCCAGCAUCCGCGUCGUCGACGACGAGGGCCUCGUCGUCUGCGGCGUCCCCAUCGGCACGCCGAGUUUCGCGCAGGGCGCGAUCGCGACCAAAGUCACCGAGAUGUGCAGCUACACGAAAACCAUCAACGACAAGCUCUGCUCGGUGGACCCGCAGUCCGCUUUUGCUCUCCUACGGAACUGUUCGGCCCGGCGCCUGGACUUCCUCGCGUCCAACGCGUACCCAUCCGACGGCGCCGCGUCGUACGCGCGGUUCGACGUCGCGGUCGACGAGGCCGCGCGGCUCGCGCUCGGCGCCGCCGGCCCCGGCAUCUUGAGCGACACGCUCGCGAGCCGGCGCCUGCGGCUGCCCCUGUCCUUCGGCGGCGGCGGCCUGCGGUCGGUCUUCGCGACCGUGCCCGCAGCCUUCUGCGGUCGCCUCUUCGCCGUCGCGUCGAAGCUCAGCGCGAUCGCCCCGAAGCCCACCGCCGCGGCCUUCGACGGCGGCGAGACCGGCGACGGCUUCCUCGCGGCGCCCGCGCGCUGGCGCUCUCUGCUCGCCGGCCCGUCGCGCCUCGCCUCUGAGCUCAAGUCCGCGUGGCUGAAGCUCACGAGCGAGAGCGCGCACGCGCGUCUCGCGGCGUCCAACGCCGGCGAGGAGCCGCCGAACCCGGGCUUGCUCGACGCGCCCGUCGAGCGCGCCGGGCUCAAGGUCACCGUCGACGAGGGCCAGUCCGAGCCGUC